AUGUUGACGCGACUUUUCAGCGAGCCCAGCCUCAUCCCCGAAGUUCAGAAAUUCUCCAGCUGGGCCGAGGAGUGCGAGGACGAUGCCCGGAGUGACAAGGAGGAGAGGAAGGGUAAGGGCUGCGCCCUGCCGGAGGAGCAGCCCGAGGGCUCCCUGGGGGAGAGCAAGGAGGAAGGGGAGCUAGGAGGGGACGAGGAGGAGGAGGAGGAGGAGGAGGAAGGCCUGGAGGAGGCGGAGGGCGACCGGCCCAAGAAGCGCGGCCCCAAGAAGCGCAAGAUGACCAAGGCGCGGCUGGAGCGCUCCAAGCUGCGGCGGCAGAAGGCGAACGCCCGGGAGCGCAACCGCAUGCACGACCUCAACGCGGCCCUGGACAACCUGCGCAAGGUCGUGCCCUGCUACUCCAAGACCCAGAAGCUCUCCAAGAUCGAGACGCUGCGCCUGGCCAAGAACUACAUCUGGGCCCUCUCCGAGAUCCUGCGCUCGGGCAAGCGGCCCGACCUGGUCUCCUACGUGCAGACUCUGUGCAAGGGGCUCUCGCAGCCCACCACCAACCUGGUGGCCGGCUGCCUGCAGCUCAACUCCCGCAACUUCCUCACGGAGCAGGGCCAGGAGGCGGGUCGCUACCACGGCCCCAACGCCUCCUUCGCCGUGCACCCCUACCCCUACCCCUGCUCGCGGCUGGCCGCGGCGCAGUGCCCGCCCGCCGCCGGGCCCGGCUCCCACGGGCUAAGGACACACGCCUACUGCGCCUCCGCCUACGAGAGCCUCUACGGCAACGCGUCCCCCGACUACAACAGCUCGGAGUACGACGGCGGGCUCAGCCCCCCGCUGUGCAUUAACGGCAACUUCUCCCUCAAGCAAGACUCUUCCCCCGACCACGAGAAAAGCUACCACUACUCUAUGCACUACUCGGCCCUGCCCGGCUCCCGGCCCUCCGGCCACAACCUGGUCUUCGGCUCGUCGGGGAUGCGCGGGGGGGUCCACUCCGAGAACAUCUUCCCCUACGACAUGCACCUCCCGCACGAGCGGGGCCCCAUGUACGAGGAGCUCAACGCCUUCUUCCACAAUUAA